GGGGGAGGGGAGGGGAAGGAAAAUUUUCUCUCCUAAUCUCUCCAAUUUGGGAAGAUGAAUAUAUGGUUAUAUUUGGUCAUAUUUUCUUCACUUUUCCCUCCCCUCCCCUAUUAAAUGAAACUCAGGAACAUCGUUAUAUUGUUCGCUAUUCGAGUGUGAAAGAAAGUUAGGGUUUAUGAGUUGAGUACCCAUCAACACAAGUUCUCAUAAACGCAUUUCAAUUCAGCUUAUGUGCAGCAUUAUUUAGUAUCAAUCUGACUAAAACAACCUAAGAUGAAAGCUAAACAUCCGACUACAAUCAACACACUCCCUCAAACCACAAUAGAAAACAUCCUAUGUUUUUUACCUAUUCGAGAGGCAGCACGGACAAGUAUCCUCUCUAGGGAAUGGAGGUACAAGUGGACCACUAUUCCCAAACUUGACUUUUGUUCGUCUACUUUGUCCAAAGGAAAAAACAACGAGAAGCUACCAUAUGACAUAGCAAGUGCAAGGAAAAACAUGGACGAAAGCUGUAAACUUGUCAAUGCUAUACACCAAGUUCUGUUAAUGCGCCAGGGUCCAAUACACGAGUUCACCUUUAACCUGAUUGGAACCUACAACUAUUUUGAACUUGAUCAAAUAAUAUUUCAUUUGUCAAGAAACCAUACUGUCAAGAAAUUAACACUUGCGUUUGAUUAUAUAUCUCCGUAUAAGUUACCCUUAAGUGCCUUCUCUUUGCAUCAGUUAACAGACCUAGAUCUCUGUUAUGUCAAUCUUGACCAUCAACCAAUAUUCAGUGGAUUUGGUAGCCUUAGAAGCUUAUCCUUGAUAGAAGUAAAGAUCUCUACAAAAGCUUUUCUUCAUCUUCUAUCAAAUUGUCCAUCACUUAAGAGGUUCAAUCUGCGAGGAGAUAUCGGUUCUAAAGAUUGCACCAUCAUUGAGCUAUUUGAGUGUUUGCCUGCGAUUGAACAUCUUACUAUCUGGGGGAUCUGUGACCAUCCGUGGCUUGUUCUAGACUCUAUUCCAGAAGAGCUUCCAACCACGCUAAUCCACCUCAAAUACUUUCGUUUUAACGAAAUUUGUUUCAUUGACGACCAUGGAUUAACUUUUCUUGCUGUUUUGAUCAAAUGUUCCCCAAACUUGGAGAAAAUUGAGCUAGAGAUUUGUAUUGUUGAUUACUAUGAGAUAUGUUGUGGUAUAUUGGAAGAAUAUUCAGAUGUUCGGUUGGAGCAUCUGAAGGAAUUGGAGAUCACGUGUUUCCGCAACUUAAAGCAUGAGAUGGAGUUUGUGAAGUUUAUCUUGGCAAGGUCACCUAAGCUAAAGAAGGUGAUCUUAUAUGGCUUUGUUGAAAAGGAUGACGAGUCAGAUAUUUUAACAAUUCUCUCACAGGCCCCACGCGCAUCACCCGAAGAAAUUGUUGUGAGAUGUAUCCCAAACUGCUCGUAUUGCUAAUUGUAUUUCUGUGUUUUCUUUCUGGUUAGUCUAUGGAGUUCUUUUGGAUGUUGGUUCUCACUUCCAUAGCAGGUGUACUCAAACUCAAAAUUAGGGUAGGGUUGAGCCAUUUUGGGAACACGAAUAACCCUGUUAGUAUUUUGACUUAAAACUGAA